AUGGCCAGCCAUCUCAGUCCUGAGUAUGAAGCUUGCUUCCAACGCCUCGCCGUCAUCAAAGCCAUUCAUGAGAGCAGCAAAUCCGCAUACUUUGAGAUGAGGGAGCGUCAGCAGAAUCGGCAAGACAUUACUAGGCUCAGAACUCGUAUUAAAGAGAUGGGAGAGAGGCGGAAGCAAGUUAAGAGACAGAUCCAGAGGGAGCUGCGGAAGAACCCGACUGUCUUGAAUGACAUAGAUUCGUGCACCAAUGGUUUUAUGUCAAAGUCACAAAUACCCAUGGACAUUAUGACCCAGAACUUUUGGGUGGACAAGGAGGGAGAGAGGGCACAAUCCAUUCCGAAGUUGCCACCUACUCCGGCCGCCGACUCAGCCGAUGAUAACUCUAAUGAGGCGGCAUUGGCUCUAGGGAAUGAGUCUCCCCGUGCAUCUCCUCCCCCUUCCUCCCCUCGCUUCAUACCUCGUAGUCCUCUCAGCAGCAAGCGGACUACCCCCGAGAGUGCCGAAGACCCUCCAUCUCCCAAGCGUCGUGCAGAUCGUCGUGACAUCACGACCAUCGCGGAGAUAGAUGAGAGCUUCUCCAAUCAGAAGAUCACAGAGACCCCAGCACGCAGCGGCGAAUGGUAUAUCGAUUUUUGCGACGCUGCCUUUGCAAAGUCACACAAUGAUCGGGUUGUUAUACACCCUAAGCGGAAGGCCGGGCGCCAAGUUGGCAGUGUCACCGUUGACAGCGCUUAUCGUCCUCGACAUGACCGAUCCGAUGACCAAAACAACGACGAGGAGAUUGCACAGCUUCUUGGUGAUAUUAAUCCCUCCCAUCCCCGACACCGUCCCAUACGACGAGCAGUCGCGACCAGACAGCGGACGAUAUUGUCACGGGAUCCAGACGGCACUCAAAAACCCGUUGAGAUUACCGCCAAGACGAUCUACUGGAUCAAGUGGCCAGAUGAUGGUCUCUGCUACCCAGCCUACGUUCUGCCAUGGAAAGCGUUCCCACGAUUCCGAAGCAAGAACUGGGCGCCAGUUGACUGUGGGCUGUUGCAGUCGGUAGAUCAGUUACCGGCCUGCUACGACAAAAGCUAUGGGUUCGAUGGCAUUUGGGCAGAGGGCUACAAAGAUGGCCAACGGAAGAUGGACAAGAGGCUAUACCCCGUUAUCUUCUUCACUCUUGAGAAGAUAUUCCCCUGGGAGUGUGAGACAGGUUGGGCUGCCGCGGAAGACUUUCGCGUCUACGACGGCGACAAGGAAGACCCUCAGUUCAAGGCGUCAGUCGAUCAUUGGCUAGCGAGAGAGGAUCGCCAGACUCCAGAUGAAGAAUUGAUCAGAUUGAAAUUAAUGCCACCGCCACUUGAUCGGGGAUCAUCGAGAAGCUCGAGCAGCGAACGAGGAUCAAGCCAAGAAGAGUCAUCUGAGAGUGAAAACAUCGAUGAAGAAAUUAGAAAAGCUUUUGCGGACUUGAACAGAUGCUUGAACAGUGAUCGAGGAUCGAGCCGAGAAGAGUCACCCGAGAGCGAGGACGAUGAUGACGGUAUCGGACUGGCUCUGCUGGGCGGUCUCAUGGAAUCUCAACCGAGACAAACUAGCAUUUCGUCGACUCAGCGCAGGUCACAGAGCGACGACAGCGAGUCGUCCCACUGCCAUCGCAGCACGUCCAUGUCGUCAGACGAAGGCACUCCUCCUGCGGACCUACCCAACCCUGAUGAAGAUGAGGAGUCAGAUAUCUAUAGUGAUGAUAACGUUGGGCCGUUCCCCGAUAAGAGUCCUAGCGAGGAAUCCGAUACCGAAACCCGCAGGCACGACCUCGAAGAAUCCCCUGUGAGGCCUUGGGAAUAUCCCACGUCCGACGAUGAGUACACUCUGGAGGAGAACCAUGAGGACGAGCAGGAGGACGAGGAGGGCAUACGAUUCGAUGAGCCAUCCACCCCGAGGAGAAGAGUUAUUUCCUCUGAACAGUGGGUGACUCAGGCUAUGGCUAGUGCUUCUCGUCAAGUGGACGCUUUCUGGGUUAGAAUUUUUCGAGAGUACUCUAAGGAGGCCGACGAGUUGUCAUCCUAG